CGUGUCCAUAAUGCAGUAGAAGUAGUAGAGGAAGCACACAAGUUGCGCUCACUGUCACACAUUCUCUGCUGCUGCCGCCACCACCGUUGCUCUCACUUUGUUUGCCUUGAGGGAAUGGCAGCCACUCUAACCCCAAUCCCAACCCUCAAAUUCCCUUCUCUUCAACCUAAGCCUCUCUUCUCUCUCAAACUACCUUCCUUCUUCACACCUCACACCUUCAGCGCCCACAAACUCACAGUCUCCGCCGCCACCUCCUCUACCACAACGGUAUCCGCCAGCACCCCUCCCUCUCCGCCCUCUCCCGCUCGCUCAAAGGUUCGGCGUCACACGAUUUCGGUGUUCGUCGGCGAUGAGAGCGGAAUGAUAAAUAGGAUUGCCGGCGUUUUCGCGCGGAGAGGAUACAAUAUCGAAUCGCUCGCCGUUGGCCUCAAUGAAGACAGGGCGCUCUUCACCAUUGUCGUGUCAGGGACCGAUAAGGUGCUGCGCCAAGUCGUGGAGCAGCUUCAGAAGCUCGUCAACGUUUUGAAGGUGGAGGAUCUUUCUAAGGAACCGCAGGUCGAACGUGAAUUGAUGCUCAUAAAAGUGCAUGCUGAUCCGAAGCACCAUGCGGAGUUGAAGUGGUUGGUGGACAUUUUUAGAGCUAAGAUUGUCGAUAUCUCCGAGCAUUCGGUGACAAUUGAGGUCACUGGAGAUCCAGGGAAGAUGGCUGCGGUUAAAAGAAAUUUUAGCAAGUUUGGAAUUAAAGAAAUAGCUAGAACUGGAAAGAUUGCAUUAAGAAGGGAAAAGAUGGGUGCGUCUGCUCCAUUUUGGCGGUAUUCAGCUGCGUCUUAUCCAGAUCUUGAAAGAAAAACACCUGUUAAUGCCCUUGUGGGAGCAAAAAAUGUGAAUCCUGUUGCCAAAAAUGAUACGCCUGUGGGGGGAGAUGUUUAUCCUAUAGAACCUUCAGAGAGUUUUACAGUCAAUCAAGUACUUGAUGCUCACUGGGGUGUCCUCAAUGAUGAUGAUGUAAGAUGGUUUGUAGUUGCUUAUUGUCAUUAAAUGCAUCCCUUUUCU